ACAGAUAGAUAGAUAGAUAGAUAGAUAGAAUAACAUAACAUAACAUAAAAUAGAUAGAUAGUGAGAGAUAGCAUAGCAUAACAGAUAGCUUAGAGAAAGAGUAGAUAAUAAAUAGAUAAAAUGGUGUAUCGCUGUGUUUGUGCCGGGUGCAAGAACUCCAGCAAAACUGGACAUAGGGUCCAUUGUUUCCCUAAGGACAAAGGGAUCUUCCGAAGCUGGGUGCAAUUUGUCAAGAUUAGGCGGGCAGAUUUUUCAGCUAGCUCUGUCACCGCCUACUCGAGAAUAUGCAGCGCGCAUUUCAACGAGGAGGAUUACCACUCAGGGGACGCCAAGAUGGUCGCACUUGGUUUAAAGAAUGAGAAAAUGGCAAAGUUAAUUCCUACCGCCGUGCCGUCUGUGAAUCCAAACCUCUCUGCUUGCCCUGUCCCGAGGUCAAGAGACACCACCAUCUGCCGCAAGCGAGCUAUUGCCACGAUGUUGACAGACGUCUCACAGCAGGAGACCGUGGACAGUGUAGACACUGUGGAGAGUGUCGAUACUGGGGAUCAGCCCUUGCCCUCCUCCACUUCUGACGCUGAGACACAGUGUUAUCUGAAGCCCCCCCGAUGGUCUCACGAUAAAUCUUGGGUAAACCUGAAGCCCAAGAUGGUCAGUGUAGGCACACAGACGUCAUUUAGCCCACAAACCUCCACUCCCCUCGCUAGUCCAGAACAGACAGAUGAAGAUGAUAAUGCCUCUGUCAUCAGUGAAUUAUCAUGGGCGCCCGAAGAGCCGAUGCAUGAGGAGGAUGAGGAGGACUUGUUUGAUGAGGAGCCACCUUACACUUGUUAUGCAACAUCAUUGAUGAAGGCCCCUCGGGAAAGCUACACCAAAUCACCUGCAGCUCUUCGAGAGGUUAGCGCCAAUUUGUCCUCCGAUGCACCCGCCCCCAUCGCCAAAUCCUUCGAACAGGUUCCUAAGGAGGAGGCCGUCAGCCUCUACCUAGCCCGGCAGUCACGCUACAAAAAAAACUAA